AUGGGUGCGACGAUAAAUAUCCAAGAUGAAUGUGGUUACACAGCAUUACAUUAUGCUUGUCAAAAGAAUUAUUUGGACAUUGCACAAUUACUCGUUAACAAUGGCGCAUCAACGAACAUCAGAAACAUGUACAGAAAUACUCCGCUGAUGCUUGCGGCUCUUGAACGACAUACAUUAAUUAUUGAUUAUCUGACUGCCGACCCUAAUUUAUGUUCAAAGAUGGAUUAUAUUGAAGCAAUGGAACUGUUAGGCACAGCAUAUUGCAAUGAAAAAAAGAGUACAUAUAGCCUUGAGAAAACAUACGAUUGUUUUCUAAAAGCAAUGAAAUUAAGAUAUGAAAAUGGAAUAUCACCUAUUGUCAAGUGUGUUCAACCACCACCGCAAACCUAUGACUAUCAUACUGAAUGUCAAACCUCAGAAGAACUUCAGGCCAUCUGCUGUAAUGGACCUGCCUUACAUAUGGAAACACUUUUGAUUUUAGAAAGAAUUUAUGGAAUGAACAGUCAAACUUUUAUUACUGGAUUAUGGAAUAAAGGAACUUAUUAUAAUAAAACACCAACAUAUAAUAGAUGUUUAUCUCUAUGGUUGCGAGCGUUAGACUUAAGCUUAAUAAAUAACCAGUUAGAAAGAACAAAUUCUAACUUACGCACAUUUGCUUAUCUAUUUUGGAACAUGUUUAAUGAUAAUUUUGAGAUCAAUUUGAACUCAUUAAUUCAGGUAUUUAAAAUUAUAGUUAAACAAUUGAUACAAAAUAAAAUAUCAAACGACUACGAAGCGUUCGAUAAAAAUUUAUAUACAACGUUAUGUUUAAUCAGUGUCAUAUCGAAGGUAAAAGUUUAA